AAGAAGAAAUGAGAAGGCACCUUGUGCUGACCAAACCUUUUUCCCUGGAAGAUGAGAAAGAUAGUGAGCACACAACUUCGAAUGUCAUCCGCAAGAUCCUUAGCCUCAUUAAGACUGUACGCCCAGGAUCUGAUCUCGCCAAUUUUCAGGUUCAGAGGCAACAACAAUAGAUCAAUUAAAGGAAAGAUCUGUCAAUCUUCCUCUGGUGAUCAGCUCUACGACAUCUUUGGCCAUUGGGACAGAACAGUAAUGGCGAAAAAUUUGAAGACUGGUAAGCUCGAUGUUAUAUACAAUGCUGAGGAGAAUAUUAAAGGACUCAAACCUCCAAUAGUCAAGAAUCUGAAGGAGGUAAUGGAGAGUGAGUCAGCGAUUAUAUGGAGUGAAGUAAGUCAAUGAAUACUGACGAAAGAGUGGGAAAGCACAAGAGAAGCAAAGAGAGCUGUGGAGGAGAAGCAGAGAGAGGCUUCUGGUGAGUUGUGGGUUCCCAAACAUUUCUCAGUAGUCAAAAAGGGUAAAGACUGGGAUUGCUCACCACUACAGCU